GGCCAAUCGAAAGCGUGAGAGCGUACUCCGGAAAACCCACACCAGCCAAUGAGCAGCUAGAUCAGGCAGCACGCUGAGGUGUACGGCGUUCAGCCCCUCUCCUCUUUGUGAUCAACGCUGCGUGUGUUACUGGAGCGGAUUAAAUACGCUUAUAAAAGAUGCAAGGAAACAGAGGACCCCGUUCAGAGCAGCAGAAUCACGGCCCACCCCGACAGCAGCCCAACCCCCAACAGGAACAGCAGAGGAAACCCUCAGGAGCCGACAGCAAUGGACAACACACUGAUGCUGGAGAGCAGAGUAGCCCGAAUGCUGCUUUCACUAUAGACCUCCAGAACUUCAGGAAGCCAGGUGAGAAGACCUACACGCAGAGGAGCAGGCUGUUUGUGGGGAACCUGCCCACUGGAACCACAGAGGAGGACGUGGAGAAGCUCUUCUCCAAAUAUGGAAAACCUUCUGAGAUUUUCAUCAAUAAGGAAAGAGGCUUUGGCUUCAUCAGGCUGGAAACAAAGACUCUUGCGGACAUAGCAAAAGCAGAACUGGAUGACACUGUGUUCCGAGGUCGCCAGAUCCGUGUUCGUUUUGCCACUCAUGGCGCUGCGCUAACGGUCAAGAACCUGCCCCAGUUUGUGUCCAACGAGCUCCUGGAGGAGGCCUUCGCCAUGUUCGGCCCUAUCGAACGGGCCAUUGUCAUCGUCGACGAUCGUGGCAGGCCAACUGGGAAGGGCAUUGUGGAGUUUGCCAACAAACCCUCUGCCAGGAAAGCUCUGGACCGUUGUGGAGAUGGAGCCUUCCUUCUCACCGCUUUCCCCAGGCCUGUUACCAUUGAGCCGAUGGAGCAGCUUGAUGAGGAUGAGGGACUUCCUGAGAGACUUAUUAACAAAAACACACUAUAUCACAAAGAGCGCGAGCAGCCACCCCGCUUCGCUCAGCCAGGCUCGUUUGAGUACGAGUAUGCUAUGCGCUGGAAGGCCUUAAUGGAAAUGGAAAAGCAGCAGUUUGAACAGGUUGAUCGAAACAUCAAAGAGGCCCAAGAGAAGCUGGAGACUGAAAUGGAAGCAGCACGACAUGAGCACCAAGUCAUGUUGAUGAGACAAGAUCUCCUGCGCAGGCAGGAAGAGUUGAGGAGAAUGGAGGAGGCUCAUAGCCAGGAGGUGCAGAAACGGAAACAGAUGGAGCUGCGUCAGGAGGAGGAGCGGCGGAGGAGAGAGGAGGAGCUCCGUGCUCACUCUGAGGACCUGAUGAGGAGACAGCAGGGGCAGGGAGGCAACUUCUCUGAGAAAAGGGAUCCAGACAUGAGGAUGCAUAUGGGAGGUCAGGGAAUGGCCAUGAACAGGAACCCGAUGGGUGGAAAUACCACAACAGCAGGAGCUGCCAGCUUGGCUUCCAGUGAGCAGGGGCCUGCUGGUAAUCCAGGUGGUCUCCCUCUUCCCUUCCCUCGUCCUGGACCUCCUGUUGACUUUGGCCCUAACAAGCGCCGCAGAUUCUGAGACCACCAGCCAAAAGUCAUUUUUGUUUGUUUGUUUUUUUGUUUUACAUACUGUAAAAUAUUUUUAAGUGCAUAUUGUGGUUUUGUAGGACCUGUGUAUGCAUUUCACAUUCACAAACGAACUUGUGUAGGCAAAUGUUUUAAACAGGUUGAAGUGUAUGUUUUAAGUUACCCUGUAAGAUCUCCUAUCCCCAGCAGGAGCCUUAAGGGACUGUUUCCAGAAACAAAUUGAGCCCAGCAUUGGGGGACCCUUAUGCUUAUGAUUUCUAACUGAAGAUUCUUCAUCUAUAGGCGAGGGUUUGUCUGUGCAUGGAAACAGCUCCUGGCUGGACAUUCAGCUUUGUAUAGCCCUUUUUUCCUUUUUUAUUAAUUUCUUCUCUUUUGUAUUUCACCCAGCAGUGACCUUUUCUAAAGUAGAGAUUAGCUUUUGUCCAUCUUGUCCUCUGCAACGCUUGCCUUUCUAGACAACUUUAAAUAAAUUCAUAACUACAUGUUACAUGCUGUCCAGUGUCGCUGGCUGGAUUCAUGGAUUACAUUGUGAUUUUGUCUUUGUACAGCAUACAAGGAAAAAACACAACAUAAAUUUUAAAACGAAAUUGUCUCCUAUCCAUUCAAUCACUAAAAGGUAUGCAAAAUAAUUAUAGAAGUAGUUCAUGUACCACUUAUGUUUAUAUAUACCCUUUGUCUUCUAAACCACCUUGAACUUUUUGACUCCAUUGUCCACAACAAUAUUCAAAGCCCCCUCAUGUAGGCUAAUAGAUUUCCUUUGGUACAUUUGCUGUAAUUCUGAAAAAAUUGUCUUCAAAACUUUAAUUUACAGAAACUCUGGCUGCAUCCAAAAUCACAUACGUUCUUACUAUAUAAUAGGUGAAAAGCUGACAAAAGUAGUAUGCCUGAAUACACAGUGCUCAUAAAAGAGUAGGCAAAAAGUACGCAGAUGACCUAAUGCUGUACUUCCAGUCGAGAUUUUGAAGUGUGCGUACGAUGGACACUUUACUAUCCCAUGAGACCACGUGAGAGGAUGCUGGUAGGUCACGUGACAAUGACAACGACAACAUGGUCAAUGUCCAGUUGAUGCUACACACAUUCAUUCUAUAUAGAACAUACUCUUUCUGCAGUCGUGAAAUAAUUACUUAUUCAAAAAAACAAGACUAUGUGAUUGUGGAUGCAGCCUUUGUGUCCAUAGAUAAAAAUAAGUAAUGAAUAACUAUAAUUAAAAAAAAAAAAAAAGAAGAAUUCCAGUAGGUUUAAAAGCUGAAUGUUCAUCAGGAAUCACUCUUUUUAACAAAUAAAUAUCUUGAAGCAAC